GUGACAGGAGUUUGGAGCGUUCCGGCGGUUGGUGAAGGGAAGGCUCUGGUGAGGCUCAGGGCCUCCGUCCACUACACAACCUGAUGUGUUUGUUGCAAUCGUGACCUUUGGUAACAGCGCGUAGAGCCCGAGGUCACAUCAGAAUGUCAGCACGAACAGCCACUGUCCACGCCAAAUGGAUCAUAGGAAAAGUGAUUGGAACAAAAAUGCAGAAGACUGCCAAAGUGCAAGUGACUAGACUUGUCCUGGAUAACUACCUGUUAAAGUAUUUCAACAAGAGGAAGACCUAUUUUGCUCACGACGCACAGCAGCAGUGCACUGUGGGCGACAUUGUCCUUCUGAGGGCUUUGCCCGAGCGACGCUCUAAGCACGUCAAACACGAGCUGGCAGAGAUUGUGUUUAAAGUCGGGAACAUCAUCGACCCCGUUACGGGAAUACGUUGCAGUGGGAGCAAGCUGCUGGAUCUGCCAGGAGACUGCCGUCCCGAGGUGGCAGCUGAGCUGAAUUAUUUAGAUCCCGACGUAGCACAGAGCGAUUCCAAACCCAAAGCCUCUGCAAACUGAACUCGCAGUAACAUUAUCAUCUGAUGUUUGUAAUCAUUCAGAAUGGGUUUCCAGCCUGUCACUGCUCUCUCCUGGAAUUCCUGCAAUGUUAUAGAAGAGAAUGCAGAAAAUUGUAAAUCCUAACGAAAAAUACUGCAGGUGCUGGAAAUUGUAAAUCUUGACAAUUGUCCGAGCUCUUGCAGUAGAACUCGCAGGACUUUGCUGAUUUCAUGUGAGCUCACCAGACUGGAUUGAUCUGUUUGACAUAGUUUCUCUGUCUGGAUUUACAUAUUCAGCAUAUAAAAGCAACACUGUCUUCUUAAUAAAAUGCAUUUCAGGAGU